UUUCUGACAAGCACAGUGCACUGCUGCACGUUAGAGGCCCAUAUUUUAUCAAAGUGGAACACACACACACACACACACACACACACACAGAGCGCCCUGCAGAGGAAAGCCUGCUAUCACUUUACAGAUACACAGCCACUCGGAGAGGAUGUUCUGAUGGACUUGUAGUCUUCGAUAGACACUAGGUCAGGCAUGUCUGUGGUCACUGGGUCUUUCCUCGCACCGGAUGUCUGACACUUCUAGGUGGUGGGCACAAAAGCAAAAAAAGUGGAUCUUCAUCUGUGGUUUAAAUGUUUAAUAGCAGUUUUUGCUGCUGAAGUGCUAUGGUUUUAUUUUUGGGAUCUCAUGGAGCUUCAUCUACAGUGAUGCAGCCUGAGGAGCCUGUGCGUCAGGAACUGCAGUUUUAUUAUGUGGGUGAUCACACGUGGGCAACAAUGUUAGGGCAGAGUGUGACGCUGCAACCGGUGGCCAUUCAGAGCCUUUCAGAACUGGAGCGAGCGCGCUUACAGGAGGUGGCCCUUUAUCACCUGGAGGAGAGAGAGCUGGACUUCAAAAUCAGCAUUCCCAAAGAGACUCGCAAGAUGAGGAAGUCAAUAAGAAGAAAGUUUGAUUCCUUUUCCAAAGAAAAGAAAGAAAGAGAAACUGCCCCCAAGGCAUUUGGGAUUCCGCUAUCACAGGUGAUUGCUAACGAUCGGGCCUAUAAACAGCGUCAAGAUGCUCUGAAAGAGAGUCGCCGGGAUUGUCUGGAGUUGGAGGCCAGUGUGAUGCACUUUCGUGCUGAAAAACGGCAGCAGAAUGGAAACCAGCCCAUGGUCAGUACAGUUUCGACCUCCGGCGAUGCAACCUCAUCCCUGCUGGAGCUCCACAGCAAGCCCCUUUCACCAACAUUCUUGGACAACAGCUCUCGCAGCCACAGACGGGGAGGAUUAUCAGUGGACUCCAUCUCAGACCUAGUGGAAAGUCAGUCCAGGCUGCUGGAGGCACUUCAGCUCUCUCAUCCUAAUGAAUUAGACAUCAAGAAGACUCAAGCAGGCCGCACACAGACCAAGCUAAGCCUUAACCCCAUUUACAGACAGGUGCCACGUGUUAUGGAGCGCUGCUGCCAGCACAUACAGACAUACGGUUUGCAGACGGUGGGGAUUUUCCGAGUAGGAAGCUCCAAAAAGAGAGUCCGCCAAUUGCGUGAGGACUUUGACAGUGGAACAGAUGUUGUGUUGGAUGAUGAGCACAGUGUUCAUGAUGUGGCAGCACUAUUAAAGGAGUUUCUGAGGGACAUGCCAGACCCUCUGCUGACCAGAGAGCUCUACUCUGCCUUUCUGCAUGCUAACAAUUUAUGGGGUGCUGAUCAGUUGACGUACCUGCAGCAACUCUUGUACCUGUUGCCUCCGUGUAACUGUGACACUCUGCUGAGGCUGCUGAGUUUAUUACACACUGUUCAGGAGCAUGCUCAUGACUCCAUCAGCCCUGACCAGCAAGAGAUUCCAGGGAAUAAGAUGACAGCGGGUAACUUGGCUGUGAUUUUCGGGCCUAACCUGCUGCAGAAGGAAACUUCAGAUAAAGACCUGAAACCUGAAUCAAUGGGCAUUGAGGACAGUGCUGCCAUCAUUUCAGUCACCCUGCUCUUCAUCGAGCACUACAAAUAUCUCUUUAUGGUUUCAGCCGAGCUCCAGCAGGAGGUGCUAAUGAGUCUCAUUCAAACUGACCCAGACGUCAUUGACUACCUGCUACGCAGAAAACUCAGUGGCAGUAAUGCGAAGGCGGAGUCAGAUUGGGGACUACGCAGGGACACUCAGGUGUCUCUGGAUUCAGUGGGUCAGUCCAUUGAUGACAUGUCACCUGUAGAACCAGAGACCCCUUUGUUCAGGGACUCAGCUGAUGGAAGCAGUCUAAACAGCGAAGUUUUCUUCAACGCGCUACGUCUCAGCAAUAGCAGCAAGCGUUCUUCAGAAACUCCACCUAUAGCCAAGAUGCGACAGUUCCACUCCCAUCACAACCUGUUGAGUCUUGUCCAGCCGUCCACCCAGCACCAGCCGGAGGAGCGAGAGCUGCAGCGAGGCACAGCACUCUCCAAUCCUGUCGAGGGUCUACAGUUCAGUCAUCAGCCGCAGGAAGACACCUCCCAGCCCCAGAGUUCAAAAGAAAGGAGUGUGUGGGUGCGACAGGGCUCCAACACCUCCUCCACCUCAGAGGACAGCAAGCAGCCGAGCAACUUCUGGGACUUUUUCACUGGCAAGGUGCUCCAGAAGGCUUUUUCUCCUAAACUUCUUCAGCGACCAGACUCAAUGUGCAAAAAGUUGAGCAGGAAACAAUGGCAAGGUGAACUUUUUUUAGAGAUCAUAUAAGCAUUUUUGUACCAGCCACAGCUUUAAAAGACAAACAAAAAAAACACCUUUGGGAGAAUUACUGUGUGUAAGAAUGGAAUGGCGCAGUCAGCAGAGAUGAAGACAGAUGUUGUAGUUACACAUUGAACCACUAGGAGGAGACAGUUCUUUAAAAAUUCCCUUCUCUGCUGAUGGGCGAACAGAGAAUGUAACAUGCACAAACAGCAUAUGUUCCUGUAUCUACACACAAGUUAUCAAUCUGUUAAAUCAUUUGAUGGUACACCAUACUGUACUGAUACUAUAUGAAUAAAUAAAAUUCUUUAUCAACAAUG